UGUCGGCUCCAUUGGUGACCCAGAUGGCACCGCGCUCACAUCUCUCUUGCAUCCGUUUUAGAGAUCGAAUUUGCCUGUGUGUCGCCCAGUGAAUUUUCAUCCAUCUCUUCUCUGUGUAUUUUUAAAAAUAUAAACCCCAAUCUAUACUAGUGACAGUGUGUCCAGAGGCGAUUCAACACAUUUCAAUUAGACAUUUGUGUGUGUGUGUUUGACUUUUCUGUCGGAAAAAAACAAUCAUCGGAACCCCCCCCCCCCCCCCCCCUACGAUUCCGGCGGACUACAAAGUUUAUUUUUAGUCCAGCGCGUCUUGUGACAUUGUGUGUCUGUUACAUAUUGCCAAUCUCAAACUGAUUCUAUUUGAAUGGCACCAAGUGAUCCGUUUCAUCCGCUCAUUCUCUGGUUGGUUUGAUUCGACAACAUUUGAUUGAGAUUUAAUUAUUAGUGAACAAACAGCAAUCCAGCUUUGUUCAGUGGCUGUUGUUGUUAUCGUUUGGUCUGUCGCCAGAUGAUCAGAUUGGUUCAAGCCGGCUGGUCGAUCCUGGCCGGCCUGUUGCUGCUCCAGUCGCUCGACUGUUUAGCGGCCGCCCGCCAAGAUGAGCAGCCGGCCACGUCCGGCUCGUCGUCGUCUUUGGCGGCCUUCAAGAGCGCGUCCAUCGAGUACGAGCACUUUUUCAAUCACGGCACGACGGCCAAUCCCAAGAGCGGCCACCACAAGUUCAACAAGGAUCAACUGGGCGGCGGCAAACUGGAAAACGAAGUCCUCAAGUCCAAAGUGGAGGUCCUGGGCGAGGUGUUGAAGCAGCGCGUCCAGGCCCUGCGUCACGUGCCUGGGCAGAAAGUCGAAUUGGUUUUCCUGGUCGACUCGUCCGCCUCGGUCGGAGCCGAGAAUUUCUUCAACGAAUUGAAAUUCGUCAAGAAACUCCUGGCCGAUUUCACCGUGUCGGCCGACGCGGCCCGCGUGGCCGUCGUCACCUUCUCCUCCAAGAACCGCGUCGUCCGUCACAUCGAUCACGUCAGUCGGCUGGGACUGACCGGCCACCGGGAGCUCUCGGCGGACGGCGGUGGCGAUCCUAGGCACAAGUGCCGUCUGCUGGAACAGGAGCUGCCGGCCAUCGGCUACACGGGCGGAGGAACCUACACGUUGGGAGCUCUGCUGGAGGCCCAGUCGGUGCUGGAAGAGGCCCGGUCCGAGGCGGUCAAGGCCGUUUUCCUCAUCACCGACGGCUACUCGAACGGCGGCGAUCCUCGGCCGGCCGCCAAGCGGCUGCGUGAGCAAGGCGUCCGCAUUUUCACCUUCGGCAUCCGCAACGGCAACGUCAAGGAGCUGUACGACAUGGCCUCGGAGCCGGCCCAGGAGCACUCGUACAUUGUUGACAGUUUUGAGGAGUUUGAAGCGCUGGCCAGACGGGCCUUGCACGAGGAUUUGCAGACGGGCUCCUACCUGCCGCAGCGCAACCGAUCGGCCUGCGACCGGCUGUGCAGGGACCAAUCGGAAUGUUGCCAUCCGUCGGCCGAGUGCACCUGCGGCACCCACACCGGACACUACGCCUGCCUCUGCCCGCCCGGACACUACGGAACCGGAUUAAAAGACGAUUGUCACCCGUGUCCAGGUGGUACGUACCGAAGUGACGGCGGUCCAGGUGACUUGCGCUCCUGCCGCCAAUGUCCGGAUGAGAAUCACAUCUCGCCGCCGGGCAGCACGUCGGAAUCCCAGUGCCAAUGCCCGCGCGGCUACGUGCCGUCAGAGGAGGACGGCGGCCGGACGUGCCAACUGCUGGCCUGCCCCAAGCUGGACCCGCCGGCCAACGGCUACUUUGUCAAGCAGUCGUGCAACAGCGUCUUCAACGGAGCCUGCGGCAUCCGCUGCAACGGCGGCUACAAGCUGAUCGGAUCCAGCAUCCGCCUCUGCCAGGAGAACGGCACCUGGUCCGGCGAGGAGGCCGCCUGCCAGAUGCGCAGCUGCGGCUCGGUCCCGCCACCCAAGAACGGCAGGAUUGAGUGCACCUCCGACAGUUACGUCAUCGACAGCGAGUGCACCUUCAGCUGCGACGUCGGUUUCACCCUGGUCGGAUCACGCAAAAGAGUUUGCCUGCCCAUCGGCUACUGGGACGGCCUUCCGGCCUUUUGCAAACCGGUCUUUUGCAAUCCGCUACCCAAGGUGAUGAACGGGACGUGGGGGCCGUCCAAGUGCCCGCAAGCCAAGAUCCGUUACGGCGAGCACUGCAAUGCCACCUGCGCCACUGGGUUCGAGCUGCGCGGGCCGGCAGUCCGUCGCUGCUCCGAACUGGGGGCCUGGACCGAAGAAGAAGUUAAAACUCGAUGCGUCGAUGUGACCCCGCCGGAAAUCACCUGUCCGGCUGACGUGACGCUGGAUGCGGAAGCGGGUGAAAAUUUCGCCAGUUACUCCUGGGAUCAUCCGGUGGUGUCGGACAAUUCCGGCGCAGUGCCGGACGUCAUCAGCGUGCCGGCCGUGACGGAACAGCCGAUGCGCUUCCGGAUCGGCAACGCCACGGUGGCCUACAAAGCGCUGGAUCGGCGAGGCAACCAGGCCGAGUGCAGUUUCCAGGUGACGGUGCUGGACGGGCAGCCGCCGACGGUCGACCAAUGCGAGUCGCCGCCCACUUUUCUGCUCCGCGACCGGAACGCCAGCGUCGUCUGGGACGAGCCGGUGUUCAGCGACAAUUCCGGACGGCCGACGACGGUCGAGCGCUCCCACGAUCCGGGCCGUUUCCCACUGGGCGAGACGGAAGUCGUUUACACGGCCACCGACGAGUCCGGCAACAGUAAGACGUGCACGAUCGUCAUCCGCGUCCAGGAGCACGCCUGCCAUCUGCCCAUCGAUCCGAUCCACGGCCAGGCCAACUGCUCCCAGCAGCCGGACGCCGUUUACUGUUCGCUGACGUGUCACGACGGUUACGCCUUCGCCAUGCCACCACCUCGUAAUUAUUUUUGCGCCUACGACGGCCAGUGGCUGCCGGCCGACAGUCCGCUGCCUUUUCCCGACUGUUCCGUCACCACUCACUCGGAUGCGCUCAUCCAGGACGGCCUGUUGCGUCUCACUAAUGUUGGCCAAGGCUCGGAAGAGGAGAAAAUCUGCCAGGAUCCGUUCCUGAUGAGCCAAAUGGAGGGCCAUUUUAAGCGACGGCUGGCCGCCCGGCUGAACGAAAUCUGCGGCGACAACAUGAUCUGCCAGGUGGACGACCUCCAGGCCGAGUGCCGACAGGUGGUGGCCGAAUCGGACGAUGACCCGUCGAUGCUGGACGAGGACGGCCAGAAUUCGGUAGACUGGGAAGAGACCAACGAAAUAACCCGAUCCAGACGGAGCGUCACAGCUGGAAGGUAUCAACGUCAUUCAGUUGAUUGGUCUAAAAUAAUCCGGCGGAUGAAACGGAAUGCCAACAGCAACUCGACAAAAAGCAACGCGGAUAAAAGCAAAAAGAACAGCGGCAUGACGUUGGAGUUGCGCUUCAAAGUUUUAAGUCGAUUUCCUAAGAAAUCAAACGGGACGGAUGAGAUUUCGACGACGACGACAUCGAGGACGACGUCGCCGACGUUCAGUCGAUUGACGCCGGAGGUGAUGCUGAACGAAUUGAAUCAACUGCGGGCGUUGCUGACCGAAUCGGCUCUGUCGGGAGAGUUCAACGUCAAUUACACGGCCGGUCAACUGUUGAACGUCUUCGACGUCCAAUUCCAGGGCGACGUCGAGCGUCCAAAGUUCAGCUGCCCGGCGGGCAGCGUGCCCAUCAAGGCCAACGACAAUAAUAAUAAUAAUAAUGCGACGACUAGCAAUCACGAUUUCGCCCGCUGCGUCUACUGCCCGAUCGGCACCUUCUUCAACGUCGUCAACGAAGUCUGCGAGUCCUGCUCGCAAGGAUCCUACCAGCCGGAAGAGGGCCAGCUCUCCUGUUUGGUCUGCCCGCACAACACGUCCACCAAAGUCGUCAACGCCAAACGUUCCGACGAUUGCCAAGCUCAAUGCCUGGCUGGAAGUUACUCUCCAACCGGACUGGAACCGUGCAGCACUUGCCCGCAAGGGACGUACCAGACCGAGUACUCGCAGCGAAACUGCCUUCCUUGCCCGUCGGGUUCGACCACAUGGCGCCGAGGCGCCCGUCGUCUGGACGACUGCAAGUCCGUCUGUCCGCGAGGACUCGUUUCCGAGACUGGAUUGGCCCCCUGUUUCUCCUGCCCGGUCGGAUUCUACCAGCCGCUCAACGGUCAGAGAUUCUGCAUCCGCUGCCCGCGACGGUCGCCUUACACAGCCGGAAUUGGAGCCGUCAACCGGAUGGAAUGUCUGAGAACUCGACCUGUAACAGACGACAAUUACGUCAACGGAACGGACGAGUUUCCCGAGCCGGAAGCGACGGAAGAAUUCGAAGAAAUGACUUUGCUGGAAGUCAACGAAUGUUUUUCUCUGCCCUGUCAGAAUGGCGGCCAAUGCCGGACGCUGGACUUUGGAUACGUCUGCGAUUGCCCGGCCGGCUACACGGGUAUGCAGUGCCAGACGGACGUUGACGAUUGCGCCUCUCUGCCGUGUCUGAACGGCGCCACAUGCGUCGACGCCGUCAACAGUUACCAGUGCCUCUGCCCAGCCGGUUUCAGCGGCGCCCAGUGCCAGACGGACAUUGACGAGUGCCUGAGCGGGCCCUGUCACCCAGGCGCCACUUGCCUGGAUAAAAUCUUGGGCUACGUUUGCGUCUGCCCGCCCGGCAUGGCCGGCUCUCGCUGCGAACUCGAAGUCGACGAGUGUCUGAGUGGUCCGUGCCAAAACGGCGGCACCUGCUACGAUCGUGUGGCCAAUUACACGUGCGUCUGCCAGCCGGGCUGGGCCGGCAAACUCUGCGAGCAGGCCGUCGACGAGUGCCAGAGUCAGCCGUGCCUCAAUGGCGCCACUUGCGAAGAUUUGAUCGGCAAUUUCAUUUGCCACUGUCCGCUGGGCUACGACGGCCCACUUUGCCAGAACGACGUUGACGAAUGCCUGCCGGAACCCUGCGCGGCCGGAAGCACCUGCGUCAACCGACUGGGAUCCUUCGCUUGUUUGUGCCCGCCUGGAGUGGUCGGAUCGACUUGCGACACGGCCGUCAAUUCCGAUUUCAGUUUAGAAUUCACCAGCGCCGGCAAACUGGAUUACGCCGUCUGGGAGGGCGGACUGCGGACGGACGCCAGGCCGCUCAGACAGAUGACCAUGUGCGCCUGGAUCAAGACGACGGACCAGCAGAACUACGGCACCGUCUUCUCUUACGCCACCGACGACGAAGCCAAUUCGUUGACCCUGACGGACUAUUCCGGCUUCGUUCUCUACGUCAACGGCGCCAAAGUGGUGACGGACGUGACGGCCAACGACGGGCGUUGGCACCUGAUUUGCGCCACGUGGAAUUCACCGGACGGACAGUGGCGCAUCUACUCGGACGGAGAGCUCAAAGACAAGGGAUUCGGAUUGGCCAGCAAUUCGUCGAUCCAUCCCAACGGGACCGUCAUCCUCGGGCAGGAGCAGGACGUCCGCGCCGGAGGGUUCAGCAAUGCCGAAUCCUUCGUCGGCCAGCUGUACGGAGUCGAAUUGUGGGAUUCCGUCCUGGACGACCAACAAAUCGCCGGCCUGACCCUCUCCUGCCACCAGCCGGACAGCGAGUCCAGCAGCCAAUACCGUGGCAACCUCAUCACCUGGGCCGAUUUCAAGCACGGACUGCGCGGCGGAAUUCGAGUGGAGGAGUCGAUUUUUUGCCGCGGAUGCUCCGAUCCAAUUCCGCCGCAACACGGCGGAGUCAAAGUCGAAGGCAACGAGGCCGUCUACGAAUGCGAGCAGGGCUACCUCCUCUCGACUCCGUCGCCUCGUCGACCUUGUCUCGUCUACGGCGGAUGGUCCGGUCCCGAUCCGGAAUGCCAACGGGUCAGUUGCGGAUUUCCCGGAUACAUUCUCAACGGAUUGGUGAACGGAACCAAUUUCGUUUACGGUAACACCGUCUCCUACAAUUGCACGAGAGGCUUCCGCCUGUCCGGCGACGGAUUACGCACUUGCGAGGAAAACGGCCAAUGGAGCGGCUAUCCGCCCGAAUGCGUUCCGGUCACUUGUGAGCCACCCAUUCCGCCCGUCAACGGCUCCCAGAUUGAGCCGCCGGUGUCGCAAGAAUUCUACGCUGUCGGUGACCGGAUUACUUUUCAGUGUUCGACCGGCUUCCGGCUGGACGGACCGUAUUCCUUGACCUGCCAAGACGAAGGGCAAUGGGACGACGUUCUUCCGGUUUGUCAGCCUCUGGCUUGCACCCGCCCACCUUACGUCGAGCACGGCAUCGUCACCAACGGAGUGGCUGAAAUCCUUCCGGAAGAUCUGCCCCACUUUCUUGUGCCCGGCUCCAUCUUGACGUUCACUUGUCUGUUUGGUUACCAGCUGGAAUCAUCGGCCGAGGUCCAGUGCAGUCACGAAGGAUUCUGGAUCGGCCAGAUUCCGAAAUGCGUGCCCAUCCAAUGCGGAACGCCUCCGGAAAUUUAUCACGCCACCGUCCAGCUCUCUCGCCCGGAUAACGACCGAGUCGGAUCGGUGGCCUCUUACGUCUGCCAGUCGGGAUUCGAGCAUUUCGGUCCGGCCGAGCUUGAAUGCACCGAGAGUGGCACUUGGCUGGAUCGCAACAAACAAGCCACCCUGCCCGUCUGCAUGCCCGUCGACUGCGGCUCGCCGCCCACCGUCGACAACGGCGGAGUCUAUGCGGAAGAGCAGACUUUCGGAAGCAAAGCCCCGGUGACGUGUUAUUCCGGCUUCAAACUGAUGGGCGCCAGCAGCUGGAUCGAAUGCGGAGCCGAUAAUCGAUGGGGUGUCGCCCCUCAGUGUUUGCCCGUCGCCUGCGCCGAAGCCCCGCUCGUUCGCAACGGGACCCAAUCGGCCGCCGAACCGUUCGUCGCCGGAGAAAAACUGAGCUUCGCCUGCCAGGAUGGAUUCCGCAGCACGUCAUCCGACCUCCUAGUUUGCCUGGAAGAUGGCUCCUGGUCGGGCAACAUUCCCGAAUGCUUGCCGGAAGAGUGUCCUCCGCCGGAUGCGAUCGACAAUGGCGCCUGGCUCUACACGUCAGCUGUUGACGGUGAAAUGGUCAACGCCCAAACCGUUUUCUACACGGGUGCUGAAGUGGUUUACUCGUGUAACGAGGGCUUCCUGCUGGAGGGUGGAACACGACGAAGAUGUGCUGGAACAGUCGGCUGGAUGCCGCAAGGUCUACCUAAAUGCCGGACCCUGGCAUCGAUUUCCGGAAUCACGUGUCCAGCGUUGGACAACCCGGAUCACGGGACAAUUGUUGUCGAAGGUUUCGAAACGGGCCAACUGGCCACCUACGAAUGCGACACGGGCUUCCAGGCCGGCGCCACUUCGGGGCCGGCAACUCUGGUCUGCAAUUCGGACGGGACCUGGAGCGUUAACGACGCGGAAUCCAAUUCCAACGAGCCGUUCCGGUGCCAAGAAGUCGUUUGCAGCGAGCCGGAAACUCCCGCCAACGGGUCCGUCACUUUCACGUCCACCAAUUUCGGAUCGAAGGCGCUCUUCCGCUGCGAUCAAGGAUUCGUGCUGAGCGGAUCACAGCAGAGGACGUGCGGAAGCGAAGGCGAAUGGAUCGGCGGAGCCAAGCCCAAAUGCGUUCCUCGAACGUGUUCCAUGCCGGACAUUAUCGAGCACGGAUACAUCGGAUUCGAAGUGGGCGGAUCGGCCACCAGUCUGGGCACCGGAUCCGUCAUUCUUUACGACUGCGAGGAAGGAUACAAAUUAGUCGGAGCGCGGGAACGAUCCUGUUUGCCAUCCGGCGAUUGGACGGACGAAGAGCCGUCGUGCCAUCAGAUAUUUUGCGAGCGUCUGCCCAGCACCAUGGAGCACGGGACUGUCACGGGGGCCGAGGAGAACAUUUACGGUUCAGUCGUUCAAUUCGUUUGCCAUCCGGGAUACGAAUUAGACGGCCCGGAACGUUUGUCCUGCGAAGAUGACGAAAAUUGGAGCGGAAUAAUGCCCACCUGUCGCCCGGUGGAGUGUCCCAAUCCGGGCCUGGUUGCCAACAUAGUUGUUUCACUCAAACAAGCGGAUGUUCGAUUAGAUCCGGAAGUCUACCACUACGGCGACGUUUUAGUUUACACCUGCCGAAGAGGUUACGGAAUUGUCAAAUCCGACAACGAUUCCGGCGUUGUGGAGAGGCGCUGCUUGGCCGACGGCUCUUGGUCUUCCAAACCGCCCGUCUGUUCCAGAGUCUCCUGCCCGCCGGCCGUCAUUCCCCAGAAUGGGUACACAUCUCGUCCCGUUCAGAAUGAAGUGGCCAGCGUCAACGAAACGGAGGAAGCGGCCAUUGUUGGUCAAAUCAUCCACUACGGAUGCAAAAAAGGCUACCAGCUGAGCGACGACAGCCCCAAGGUGGCCAAAUGUCUGGAGACGGGCAAAUGGAAUGUCUCGCAAACGCCGACUUGUCAGCUGAUUCGGUGCCCUCAACCGCCCGUCGUCAAGAACGGCAAACUGGACGGAAACGGGAAAAAGGAAUACUCAUAUUUGGAUUCCGUCAAAUACGAAUGCGAUUUCGGAUUCCGCAUGACGGGCGAAGAUCAAGUGGCGUGCACUUUUUCGGGAGAUUGGGAAGAUCAGAUACCGACGUGCGUCCGAGCCAUUUGUCUGUCUGUCGACAUACUGGAAGACGGAAUCAUCACGCCCAUCUAUCCGCCGUCGGAAGGACAGAAAGCGGGCCGCCAACAGCGCCCAAUGGCAUUGAAAUUCUCCUGUCAAGACGGAUACGAUUUGGUGGGCAGCGCGUUGACCGAAUGCACGUCGACGGGCGAGUGGAAUCAUCCGUUUCCGGCUUGUGUUCCAUGGCCAUGCGAGUCUCCGCCGAUCCCGCCGAAUAGUCAAAUCCAAUCGACAGUCAUUCGACCGGAUAUCAUCACGGCGAUAGUCCGUUGCGAUCCCGGCUUUCGAUUACUCGGAUCGAAUUUAACUUGCGGUCCGGCCGGCAUUUGGAAAGGAAAAGCGGAAUGUGAAGCUCAGCUGUGUUCUCUUCCGAAACAACUGUCAACCGGGAAAGCAGUCAUCGGCGAUUUCAAAUUCACGCAACCGUUGAAGAGUUCGUACGGGUUUGGCGAGACGAUCCAGUUCAGUUGCCGGCUGGGCUAUGUGCUGGAAGACCCCCAAAUGUCGGCGCUAACCUGCGCCGAUGAUGGACAAUGGGACGAGCAGAAGAUUCCAGUUUGUAAACCCAUUCGCUGUCCAGAUGUCCAGGUGCCGAAACAUGGAACUGUCAGCGGAACGAGCUCAAUUUUGGACAGCCGGAUUACUUUCAGCUGCCAGGAAGGAUAUCAACUGAAUGGGGAGGAGCAAAUCACUUGCAGGCCGGACGGCACUUGGUCGCAUCCAGCAAUGCCCGUCUGUGUGACUCGUUCGUGUGGCGAUCCUCCGAAUAUCGACAAUGGAUUUGCCGUCGUCCGCGGCACAGGAGUCGGUGAUACGAUUUCCUACUCCUGUCAGACCGGACAUCGCCUUUCUGGAGUCGAAUCUAGAACAUGUUUGAGUAACGGUCGGUGGUCGGGAGAAGAUCCUGCCUGUGAUCCGGUGGUUUGUGCAGUACCGGAAGCCCCGGAACAUGGAUCCUGGACAGUAGGUGGUUUCGUUCCUGGCUCUACCAUUCGUUUCGAAUGCAAACCGGGUUUUACUCUGGUCGGUUCGGCCACUGUAACGUGUCUGACGGAUAAAUCGUGGAGCGAUCGCCCACCCAGUUGCCAGCUGAUUACUUGUCCACCUUUGAGAGAUCCGGAACACGGAACUGUCCAGUUGACCAAUUGGAUUUCGGACAAUCAAGAGCUCAAUAAUGACAUCAAUCAACAGCUGGCCGUGGGUUAUCAUUCUACGGCUCACUACAUGUGCAAUCGUGGAUAUCAACUAUUUGGCCCGGGUCAACGGACUUGCACGGACCAAGGAACAUGGAGCGAUCGAGGACCACAAUGUCAAAGAGUAUGGUGCCCUGAACCUCAAGCGCCAUUGCAAGGAUUUGUGAUGGGAACUGGCCGGCAGUAUGGCGACCGGGUUCGCUACGCUUGUAGCACCGGUUAUCGGUUAAUCGGGGCAGACGAUUCCACCUGCCAGGCGGAUGGAAUUUGGUCGACCGUGUCGCCUCAGUGUGAAGCUCUGACUUGCUUCGCGCCUCCUCCAGCCGUUCCCCACACGAUAGCUCCGGCAUCCGGAAAGCCAAUAACCACCGGAACGCAAAUGAUUCUUCGCUGCCAGGAAGGGUUCACACCGGUCGGUGACAUGACGCUUCAGUGUUUGCACAAUCAACAGUGGUCCACUGUCAAGGGCCAUUGCAAGAGAGUGCACUGCAGUCAUCCAGUUGCUAAAGGAACAGCUUCUGUGGUCGUCAUCAGUGGAGAGGCUGAUGCUGGAAGUGGACAGUACCAUUUCGGGGAUCGACUUCUUGUUAGCUGCAAACAUGGUCGCCAUCUAAAGGGAAGUAGUGCCAUAUUAGUUUGCCAGGCAGACGGCCAAUGGACGGGUCAGCCUCCGGUUUGCGAAUCUCAAUGCGAUGCGGUUUGUCUAAACGGAGGCUCCUGCAAUUCCAACAAUCGUAAAUGUACUUGUCAGCCAGGAUACAGCGGGGACCGUUGUCAACACGCUCAUUGCAUUCUGCCUUGCUUGCAUGGAGGCACUUGUAUUGCACCAUAUCGUUGUGCAUGUCGACCUGGACGCACUGGAGAACGAUGUCAAACACCUGUUUGUGACCAGCCGUGCUUAAAUGGAGGUCGCUGCGUUUCACCUAAUGUUUGUACGUGUCCACAUGGAACAGUAGGUCCUUCUUGUCGUAAGCGCAGUGAUAUCUUCUCUUCGAGAGGCUGAAACUUGAAUUGCUCUUCCGUUGGGCCCAAUCAUCAAGCUUCCUCUGUUGCAUGGAAAAUGUAGAAGCAAUGUAGAGAAGUUUUAAUUUGUUGCGUUUAACUGCAGCAUUAUCAUCUGAAUAAAAACUGUUUCCAUCAAAAUAUGAUAUUAUGUAAUACACGAGAUAUAGAAAAUGUA